CAAGUAUUGCUUAUCCUAAACGGAAUAUUUUAAAUUUACAUACAUUUAUAUUGUUGACAUCGAUCAGAGAUCGACAAUGACCAAAUUAAUGGAUAUUCAACAGUCAAAGAUAUAGAAAGAGAAUGACAAACACACCUGAGUUUAAACGGGCGCUAUCUCUACGUCUGUCAGAGAUACUAGGUGAAAUUGGUUUGAAUAAGCAAAUGGUGCUCAAAAGACGGAGAGCGAGUUUGUUGAACGAGUUCAUAUGGACAAACGCAUUCAAGGUAUUGCAUGAAAAUCCUAACACCGUGUAUCGCUUUGGUAGCCAAUCUGAAGGGACUACAACACCAGGACUAAAAUCGGACAGUGAUUUACUCAUGCAUAAUGAUGACUUCUAUGUUAUACACGACUGGAGUGAUUGGAAACCAGGCAAAGUCAACUUGCUCAUAGUACAGGAUAACACUACCUCCCCUGGGUAUUGUCUCCUUCAAGUGUUGGAUCCAAUUGAACCCACCCCUAUCUCUCCUUCCCAACUCCAUCUUGUACCUUCUAGGUUUCUAGUAGUUAAAGGUGAAAGGCUGUUACUAAAUAACAGUUAUAGGGGAAAUAAAGUACACCUGUAUAAGCUUGAUAACAACGGAAGACGGUCUCACAUGGUUAGGAAUGGGCGCUGA